CAUGCGCGGCAUCCACGCAGGGGGAUGUGGUGGUAAUGGGUUGAGGGAACCCUUAUUCAAAUCGGAAGUGGCCUAGAGUGGUCACAUCCGCUCAGAUCGUAAGGUAGUUCGCUUCGGCUAUCGUUGCCAGGACAGCGUGGGUGUUUGGAAUCUGAACCCUUGGAAUUGUGGGUGUCUGUGGGCGGAAGUCGCGGGGCCCCGGCGUGCCGUGUGCAGAGCUGUCUGCGGCGCUCUGAGGCCUCCCGGUGAUGCUGAGUCAUCCACACUGCCCAUUUUCUCAACAUAGCCAAGCUGGCCUCUGCCCCGCAACUCUAAUGGGACCCUCCACAUGCUCACCUACCUUCAGAGUCCUGAGAAAAUUAGCAGCAGACUGAGAGUAGAAGCCAUAGAGGACAUGCCUACCGACAUGAGUUUCCACCAGAUGCCCCAGAGGCUGGCAGCAGCAGAACAGGAUGGAUCGUGUGAGAGACUGGUGUCCUUUGAGGAUGUGACUGUGGACUUCAGCCAGGAGGAGUGGCAGCACCUGGACCCCGCCCAGAGACGCCUGUACCAGGAGGUCAUGCUGGAGAUCUACAGCCACCUGUUGGCAGUGGGUGAAUUGCAGCUUGACAAACCACAGCAAAAAUUUUGUUUGAAAGCUUCAUUUCUGAAUGAUGCAGCCAGUGAAGUCGAGAGACAUGGUCCAUGUUGUUCCAUUUUAGAGAAACUGUGGCCGGAUGGCAGCACUGCUACAAAGACAGAUCUGCAAAGCCAAAUCCUACCCAUAAGUCCCAGUGCGUUCCGAAACCAGAAAACCCUGACAACAGACGGUGGCUGUGACUACGAAGAACCUGGAGAACCUAGUCUUUUGGGGACCCACCUCAUUUCUACACAAUAUGUACCUCCAAAAUGUUUCUCAUUUGCAGAAAAUUCAAAGCCUAACAUUGAAGCCAACAGUGACAGUCAAAGCAGUGCCACAAAGCAGCUUAGCAAUAUGAUUGGAGCUCAUCAGUUUCUUACACAAGACUCUUCGAGUGGUUUGUGUGAAAUUCCUCAUCAAAGAGAGAAAGCGUGCAGUGAGAGUCUGCUUGAGAACACCCUUUCAACUACUCCACCACUUACAGAGCAUGGAGUUAAUUUUCAAGACAAGCCAGCCGACUAUCCUGGAUGUGGCAAGGUCUUCCCUAGUGAGCCAGCUUUCUGUCAACAGCAAAUUACUAACAAUAUGGAAACAUCUUUUAUCUGCCACACAUGUGGGAAAACCUUUCUCCACCAGUCCAAAUUGACCUCCCAUUCAGAAACUCAGAGAGAAGAGACGCCUUAUGAAUGUCCUGACUGUGCAAAAUCACUUAGGGGUACGUCCAGCCUGCAAGUGCACCGCGGGAGCCACACCAAGGAGAAGCCGUAUGAGUGCCAUGUGUGUGGGAAGUCAUUCAGUUACACAUCCCACCUGAAGGUGCACCUCCGAACACACACUGGUGAGAGACCUUAUGCAUGCUCUGACUGUGGAAAAGCCUUCAGCCAAAAGUCAGUCCUCACCAUACAUCAGCGAAUUCACACGGGAGAAAAGCCUUACACGUGCAGCGACUGUGGGAAAAUGUUUGUGUGUGCAUCAGAUCUGACAAAGCAUUGUCGAUUCCACACAGGGGAAAAGCCGUAUGAGUGCCCCGACUGUGGCAAAUCGUUCAGUAUUAAAUCUAACCUGCUUGCGCACCAUCGAAUUCACACUAGUGAGGGACCUUACAAAUGCUUUGACUGUGGGGAGUCAUUCAGGAAAGUGUCCCAGUUGAAGGUGCAUCAUCAGAUCCACACAGACGGCAGAUCUUUCGUGUGCUCUGACUGUGGAAUGGCCUUCAGCCAAAAGUCAGUCCUCAGCACACAUCAGAGAAUUCAUACCGGAGAGAAAUGUUACCCAUGUACUGACUGUGGGAAGUUGUUCCUUUAUGCUUCAGAUCUGAAGAAGCACUGUCGGUUUCACACAGGGGAGAAGCCUUACAAGUGCCACGAGUGUGGGAAGUCAUACAGCGUGAAGUCGCACCUCCACGUGCAUCAUCGAAUCCACACCGGUGAGAGACCUUACAAAUGUGACGACUGUGGGAAAUCCUUCAGAAGAAACUCCCACCUGCAGAUGCACCAGCAAACUCACACUGGGGAGAAGCCUUACAAAUGCUCGGACUGCGGGAAGUCCUUCCGGAGAGCGUCCCACCUGAAGGUGCACCACCGCAUUCACACCGGGGAGAAACCUUAUGUGUGUUCUGAGUGUGGGAAGGCUUUCAAUGACAGGUCAGUUCUCAGCACCCACCAGAGAAUUCACACUGGGGAGAAGCCUUACAUAUGCAGCGAUUGUGGCAAAGCCAUGUCUUCUAAAGCCAAUCUCAAAGAGCACCAACGGAUUCACACAGGCGAGAAGCCAUACGUGUGCGCCGAGUGUGGGAAAGCCUUCAGUGAUAAGUCUUCUUUCUAUAGACAUUGUAAAAUUCACAGCAGGGAGAAACCUUUUGUCCAUAACAAAGGUGAGAAGGGCUUCCUCCAGAAUUCACAAGUGACAUCCUAUGAGCAAACUCACAGUGCUGAGAACCUAUAGUGAUGUCUGUCUGUGGGAAGGCUGUCCCUGCUGUGUAAUCAGCUGAAGG